AUGAUAGAUGUCUGUGAAGGCACAAUUGAGCUAAACUUGGGAAAGGACCUAAGGAUGAAGUUUGAUAUCAAGGAUACAAUGAGGAAACCAACAAUAGAAGGUCAGCUCUUUUAUGUUGAGGAAAUGGAUCAGUUGGCAGAUGAGCUUUUAGAAGAGCUAUCAACAGGAGGAUCCCCUACAAGUUGCUUUGACCAAGGAUUCUUCAGAAGGAUAUGGGUUGGACAGGCCAGUUUGCGAAGUCAUGGCAGUGAGCUCGAUCAAGAGCUCGAUCGAGUCGGGUUUCGAACAAACAAACUCGAUCGAGCUGGGACUGAAUGCAAGGAACAAGCUCAAGGAGAUUGGUCUGAGCUCAAGGCGCCUAAAGUCGACCUCAAACCUUUGCCUGAGGGCCUCAGGUAUGCAUUUCUGGGUGAAAACUCAACUUACCCUGUCAUUGUGAACUCUGAUUUGGAACCUGAACAGUUGAGUGCUUUGCUUGUUGAAUUGAGGAAGUACAGAAAAGCAAUAGGUUACACUCUAGAUGAUAUCAAGGGGAUCUCCCCUGACCUAUGCAUCCAUAGGAUUCAUCUAGAGGAUGAAAGUAAGUCAAGCAUUGAACCUCAAAGGAGAUUGAACCCCAAUCUAAAGGAAGUAGUGAAGAAAGAGAUACUCAAGUUGCUUGAUGCUGGGAUAAUCUAUCCCAUCAGUGAUAGCACUUGGAUAUCUCCAGUUCAUUGCGUCCCAAAGAAAGGGGGGAUCACUGUCAUAAAAAUGACAAAGAGGAGCUGA